AUGACCAGCUAUCUUUAUGAGCUCCCUACCACUGGUGCGAUAUCGUUCGCAGACGCAUGCCUCGACUCUACAGCGACAUACACCGCGGACAUCGCAGAUACUACGGAAGCCCGUGCCAAUCUGCGUGCUACUCUCAAGGAGAGUAAACGCACGGACAAUAGUGAAAAGGACUACCUCAAACUGGUAAAGGUCCUAGACGAAUACAUACCUAAACUAUACGGUCUGCUGAGCUGUAUCAACAGCGGAGAGAUUUCGCUAAAAGCUGAGCCAAUCUUCAGCUGGCGUACCACCCUAUCUUCAACCCUCUUCCACAACUCCCCGCGUUUAUCCCUACCUACUUUUUCCACAGAGCUUAUCUUCGCUCUCCUCACUUACGCGUUCUCCAUCUCCAAUCUCGCGCGCGCAGUCGUCCACUCUCUAGGCCGCUAUGAGACCGAGCGCGCUAUCUCCGACAACGAACGGAAGGCCAAAGACGAGCGCCUCGCGUUCGCGGUGACUUUGCUAUGCAAAGCGGCAGGUGUGUACGAGUACGUCGGCAAAGAGUGCAUAGCAGAGUGGGACAGAGAGCGGGCGCGGGUGACGUCGCUCGGGAUGAGCUGUCCGCGCCCGCCCGACAUCAGCAGGGAAGUCGUCAUCGGCCUCAGCAAGAUGGCACUGGCAGACGCGCAGACCCUCGCGAUCCGCAAACUGCUCUCUAAAGCCGCAUUCGAGAGCACGCUCACACCCGGGCCGCCGCUGCCCAAGUCCCACCCUUCGCCCGCGCUCGUUGCGAAGCUCCACCUCGAGUGCGCGUCACUCUACUCGUCCGCUCGCGCGCUCGUGAAGACGCCUGGGGCGUCCAAGUCGUCCUCGAAGUCAAAGUUGAAGAUGUCACUCGGACGCGACAAGGACAAGGACAAGAACGCCAAUGCGGACGAUGAGACCGGGGAAGAGGUCGCGCCGGAGCUCCGGCGAUACCUCGCGGACGAAAUCGCGUUUCACGCUGCGCUGGCGCGCAAGUGGUUAGGCGUCGACGCGGGUGAGCACGGGGGCACAAGCAAGGGCGGGAUCGCAGUCGGCUUCCUUUCCUGGGCGAAAAGGGAGCUGGAGGAACUGAAGAGCGGGCAUUCCUCCGGAGGAAUGAUCAGCGGCGAACGGGAGAAGGAGAUCCGAGAGAGAAGGAAGGCGCGUGUCCAGGAGGAGCUUGAGAGCACCGGCACAUUCUUGGUAGGAUACAAAAAGAUGAACGAUUCCAUUUCGUUCCAACCCGUCCCACCCCAGUCAGACCUGCAAGCGAUGAUUCCAGCAGGACUGCUAGCUGUUGUCGUCAAACCCUACACGAAACCCACGCCUGCCUUCGGACCUGGAUCUGUUGAGUACAUACGUCGUCAGGCAGAAGAGCUUGAGCUGCUAGAAGCUCAAAGCAAUGGAGAAGGCUCACCGGCAUCUCCUGCUACGCCCAGCAGCGGUCCAACCAAGUCGUAUGCGGGUGCAGAAGCCUACUACUGAACGGCUGAGUCUCCGGGAUCAAUGUCAACCCACGAUGGUGGCGCCAAGAAGCGAUCUAUCUGUAUACUGUAUACGCAUUGUAUCUGUAGGUGCAUUAUCACGAGCUAUGAGCAUGGCGUGCUACGCAUGAAUCGCUGUUUCCUGUUGUACAGCCUUGUUGAUCUUGAUUUCCUCAGCAGGGACUAUAGGACAAUUAUUAGCGAUGUCUUCAUCUGUAUACCGCUAAGUAUCUUGUGCUCGUUUCUUGCGCAGGUGUCAUCUCAACAUUGCGCCCUUUGAGAUUUCUCUAUGUCUCCCUCCUGCGGUCUGGCUCUCCAAGAACUUGUGGCUGCGCAAGCUGUAUGCCUAGGCGCUCCGACGAUUGUAAUAUCAAUAAGACAACUGCAGCAG